GUGGAACACAUCCUUGGGACAUCUUUGCACUGCCCCAUCCAGGAAGGAGCUCUGUGAUGGGUGGACCGUGAGUUUGCUCAAGCGAGUGACUCUUUAUAACGCCUUAAUAGACAUCAGGAUUGAGAUGGAAGAGCCGGCACCAAUGGAAGGCCAGAGCCAGCUUCCAAGCCCCCACCAUGGCUCUCUGAGAAAGGCUGUGGCAGCUGCCCUGGCCUUGGAUGGGGAAUCUACGAUGGGUCGCAGGAAAAAGAAAAGGAAAGAAUCCCGCCCAGAAUCCAUCAUCAUCUACCGCUCAGAGAAUGAGAACACAGAUGAGGAGCCCGGGGAAUCAGAAGGUGGAGAUCGGCCUAAAGAGGAGGAGGGAGAUGAUUUCCUGGACUAUCCUGUGGAUGAUG